AUGGCCAAUGCGAAUGGACUACCCCCCGUGGACGAAGUGGUGGCCGAUUUCGAUGCUCAGGAUAGCCAGAUCCGAGUGCUGUUGUCAGAUCUCAUCAGCCGAGCGAAAGUCCUACUCAUAGAACUGGAGCAGUUUCGGCAACAUCUUCGAGCAAUCAGGCACGAGAGCCAUGUCGAAACUGCGCAUUUUCGUGGCACCAUCACAUCUGAGCUCGCCAUGCUCGAGAAGCUACAGAGUAAGCCUGCCACCGAAACGACAGGUCAUGUGGCAAAGUCAAGCAACCUCCCUUUCUUGGAGACUGUAUGGGGCAUGGCAAAGCGGUCCGGGCAGGUAGCGGCUCUCCAAAAGCGAGUCUACUACAACAGUCCUGGCAAGUCUCUGUCACAAGCUAUGUAUCACAUCAAUCUUGGGAUCAAAAGACCAAGCGAGAAGGGGUCACGAAAUGCAGCCGUCACUGUGGAUUUGAUCAGUGAGCAAGGCUUGAUAUGGACCAAAGUGUCGCUUGUCACAAAGCAUCGAAUUCUCAUGGAUCUAGCCAAGCAAGGAUGGGACUCUGGAGGGUCGGAAGACGAAGCUGAGGAUGGUCUCCCUCCUCGCAUCGAUGAUGAGGAUGAUGACAUCCCGCUCGUGAAGAAUGCUCGAGAGCUUUGCUCUGCGGCAGCGUCGUAUCGAGUGCGAACUAAAAAGCCCGAAGUCCGUCUCAUACUCCCUCGCAUACGAUAUGGCGAAUUGAAAGAGGUCGAUGCCGUCUUAGAUCAAUGCAAGUCUGCGGGCGUAACACUCUUCUGUGGCGAAGGUGUCGUCGAGACGCCAGCCAUUGAGAACGCCGUUCGCGUAAUGGCACCCAAUCCCAUGGACGCCUUCUCCAGCACUCUCAAUAUCGAUUGUACCAUUCUACUCGCACUUGUCUCGGAGUUCAGCCACGCGAGAGUGUCGAAGGAGCCGUGGUUUCACAAGUCCUUGGAACGUCAAGUAGAGAUCGAGGACAACGAAAACUUGCUCCCUUCGCUCCUGUAUCCUGCACUGGCCGAUCGACGCCUCGUCUGUACGCAGGAAGCAGCCAAACGUAUGCGCGAGAUUGUAAGCACCAUUGGCACUCCAUCCGAGAAAGCUCGCACUGCAAUCAUGAUGGGCGACGACUCGCGCAAGACGCAUAUCGAGCUGGUCGAACAAAUGCAGCAAUGGUCAGCAUAUCCAGUUCCCUUAUCAUGGCAGCUGCCCAUCCACAUAGUGGACCAAAAUGACAAGAACUGCCAGGAAACUCUACAUCCCGUCGCUCUUCAAAUCAUUAAGAACAUGACUAGCAUCAAUGGAUCUGUAUUUGGUUAUGGCUGGGCCAGUGGAAACACGACCGUCACCAGUAACAGAGUUGUGGUCAAGCAAAUCGAAAACGACCUCGAGAGACGCGAAAAUCUCGAAGCAUCCAUCUUUCCCAGUCUUUGGUUGUGCCCGACCGCACGAUCUUUGGUGGGAAAGGAGAAAAGAGGCGCCAAGAAGGAUGUGCAGAGGUUGCCCGAUCCUCUGCGUCGUGAACAGCAGCGCCGCAAUGGGCUUGAUGUUCUCUCUUCUCGAGAGGGACGUGAGGUACAAGACAUGCGCCCCCAUGGUUAUCCCUGCGAAGAUGUGUUGGCGGCCAAGGAGGCUGCUAGUAGAGCUUUCGAGCAGAACCACAAUGUCUCUGUUCACAGUUCAACUUUGAAUGGCUCUCAUUCUGAAUAA